GAUCUUUAUUGUGAAGGUGCCUGAGGAAUUCUCCCUGGAUUGAAAGGCCCUGGAUAAAAGAUGGGACCAGCCAAGAUCCUUGGGGUUUGCAUACUCCUCAUGCUGAUAUACAUCGUCGAGGCAGACGUCAUCGAGGAAAGAGGAAUAGGUUACUCGAGGAAUUACGACGCGGUGUAUACAUGUACACAGAGUAAUGGAAGGAAGAGCCGCCUCAAUUAUCAAGCUCGUUUGUAUCAACGUUGUUUACAGCGUCUGGCCCCUGCCAAGCAUUUAUAUCCACCAGCUUAUAUAUCCAGGACGCGAUUUUACAGCCCAUCCACGCAUCGCGGAGUAUAAAAGCACGCGCGUGCCCCUCUCGAAGGAAUAAUUCUUCAUUAAUUGCGAUCGCAUGCGCGGUUCACAUUCCUCCCUUCGAGGAUGCGCCUCAUUCCCAGGCUAAUAUUUCAUUAAAUAAUACCUAAUAAUAAUUUCUGCUCUUACAGAUGAUUUCGUUGGCGAUUUCGAGCGAAUAUUCGCGUCAACCUGGUCGAGUGUUUAUAUUUCAACCGUGUAUAAUAUAAACUCCAUAACGUAUUAUCAGAAGGAGGAAUAAUAACGAGAGAUGAGCGCGAGCCAUAAAAGUCGUGGUCGGGUUCGUGUUCGCCGUCAUAGAGAGGAUUCUCUUGGCUAUUGUCUCAUAUCUCUAAAACCGUAUCGAGGGAGGGGGGUAAAAAAAGUGCGUCUGUCGAACGUUCUAGGCUCUGAGGAUCCUUUGGAUCCUCCGUCGUCCACGGGGAAACGUGAAACGCGGCGUGGGCCCUGUCCUCGGAAUUCUCUCCCUCCCCAACCCCUUCUCUCCCUCUCCCUCUCUCCUAUCCUUUCCCUACGUUUGGAUUCUUUUGUUUCCCGCCGCGGAACCCCAGUCGAGAUCCUAUCUGACGUAAAUAAUUAUCCUGGAGAGGCUGCAGAUGCCCCGCGUUCGAACCGCGCUCGGGGAUUUUCAUUUUAAUCGUGGAUCUCGGAACGAUUCACCGCGGUUCGAAAUAUUCUGGAUAUUUGGGAAGGAAGAAACUGGAGUUUUGGAAAGGAUCAAAGUGAUUAAGCGGCGUUUAGUGUGUGUCCACCCCUUUUAUUUUAAUCGGGGAUCUCGGUAACGAUUGGAAAUAUUUCGAGUACAUUUUUGAAAAAAUUGUUUGAGUAUUUAUUUGGAAAUGAACAUUUGGACCAGCGUUUGUCAAAAUUCUCGAAAUUCCGAAUUUUGAUGGAUCUUAUUGCGAGGGUGAAGCAGAGAUGAGGCAAACGAUACAAUAAAAUCGAACACCUGUCAUUCCCUUCUCCUUCGUUUCAAAGUGCCUCACUUUCUCUCGCUCUUCCAAUGAUCAGACUUUUUCUAAAUCCUGGUUUCAAGCUUCUAUUGUAUUUCAUCGUCGAAAUAUCGACGAAUUUCAUAAUUUAACGAGGACGAUUACCUCCCCAAUAUGUUAUUCCGGAUUUAUUUUCCAAUGUUUACGUCUGUUCGUGCGUUUUUAUCUCGAUAAUCGUCACGUAGAAGGAAAGUGGCAAUUUUCAGAAGUAAUCUUUUAACGGUGCAAUCUCACCGGCGGAAUCAAGCGAUUGCGGGGUAUUGUUGUGAACACGGUUUCCUUUUUUAGCGUGAACGAACCCGAUAAGGAACGGUUUUAUGGCUCGCGCGUAAUUGAACUGCGAGCAGCUUGAUUUCGUUUUAAGGAUACGGGUCGUGAGAAGCGAUCUGUUUUGGAACGUACUAUACUCGAAGCUUGAUUUCAGAUCGACGAGAGAGAUGAGAUUGAUCGUGACAGUGAGAUAUUUUGCUUUACCUGUUAUUAUUGAAAUCGGUAUGAUCGUUGCGAGGCGAACAAUUUUAUAUCUUAACUUUUUUCUUUCUGAUGAAAACAAAAUUUCCUAUUUCUUCCCGAUAAAUUCUUCGAGCGAAUCGUAAUAUAAAAAUUAUCUCUUUAUCGUAGAUCAUACGAGAAAAGUUUUUUAAAGUUUUAUAAAUAUUCAAUAUUUUUCGAACAAUAUAAAAAUCAUUACCACGUCAAGUAACGCUUUCGCAAUGUUUCAUACCAUAGUCUUGACGAAAAAAAUUUUAAAUUAAAAAUAAUAAUUGUGGAAAAAUUGGAAUUACGCGUGAUGUAACUGCAAUCCCUCUGGGCCCGUUUGUCCUCGAUCAGCCAAACAAAUUACACGUUAAACGACGUGCCCUGUCACGCACAUUCGUGGCGGCUCGAGUCUAAUGUCACCCCGGGGGAGCAAUUUUCAGGCAUUUUACUCGCGACACACGUUCCACGCCUCUGGCCCUAUUGUCUAUCCGUGACGAGACGAGCGCGCAAUUUAUCCUCGAGGACACUGUCACGAUCAAAAAGAAAGGAAAUCCGCCUUUUCUCUCGUGCACCGCCUGAGAAAUUAAAUUUCACCAAUCCGGGAAACGAAUUGGGAGGAGGAAAGAUUUCGAAGAAAACGAAGAUGGAUGAGACGGCGACUACCGACGUGAAACGGUGCUGUGAGACGAGCCAUGCAAGUAAGGCGGUGAAGAGACAGCGAUGGCAGCAGCGGAAACGCUACCUCGAGACUCUUCCGAUCUUCUCGUUGCUCGUUACUAUCGAAGAGAGGACGAAGAAGUGGGAAUCAUUGUCGAGAUCACCUUGGCAAGGUCCAUGGGUUCGUAGAGGGCAUGAGAGCUCAUCAUGUUCGAACACCGACACAGGCCGCGAACGCUGUCGACCUGCAACCUCCUCGGCGUGACAUUUCUUCUAUUGAUCGUCGCCGGUAGCUACGAUGUGUCAGCGGAUCUCAACUCCGAAUUUGUCAAAGGAAAAAUUUGCAUUGGAACCAAUGGCCGCCUCUCUGUUCCGUCCAACAAACAACACCACUACCGGAAUCUUCGAGACCGGUACACCAACUGUACUUACGUUGACGGCAAUUUGGAGAUCACAUGGCUCCAGAACGAGACAUUCGACCUCAGUUUCCUCCAGUAUAUACGGGAGGUCACAGGUUACGUGCUCAUCAGCCACGUGGACGUCAAGAAGAUCGUUUUGCCGCGAUUGCAGAUCAUACGAGGAAGAACACUGUUCAAACUCACCAUUCAUGACAUCGAGUUCGCCCUAUUCGUCACGAUGUGUCAGAUGCAGAACUUGGAGAUGCCAGCCCUCAGAGAUAUCCUCAACGGCAGUGUGGGCAUGUACAACAACUACAACCUGUGCCACAUCCGCACGAUCAACUGGGAGGAAAUAAUCACAGGGCCGAGUGCAAUGUACUCCUACGUGUACAAUUUUACGUCGCCGGAACGCGCCUGUACACCCUGCGAUAAGAGCUGCGAGCAAGGCUGCUGGGGCGAGGGGCCUGAGAACUGUCAGAAGUACUCGAAGACAAACUGUUCGCCUCAGUGCUGGCAGGGCAGGUGCUUCGGGCCCAAUCCGCGGGAGUGUUGCCAUCUUUUUUGCGCCGGUGGCUGCACAGGCCCGAAACAGAGCGACUGUAUCGCCUGCAAGAACUUCUUCGAUGACGGUGUGUGCACGCAGGAAUGCCCGCCCAUGCAAAAAUACAAUCCUACGACGUAUUCGUGGGAGCCUAAUCCUGACGGCAAGUACGCGUAUGGCGCAACCUGCGUGAGAAGAUGUCCGGAACACCUUCUGAAAGACAACGGGGCUUGCGUAAGAUCUUGCCCACCCAAAAAGAAGGCGUUGAACGGUGAAUGCGUGCCCUGCGACGGACCUUGCCCGAAAACCUGCAAAGGUGUCGAGAAAGUGCAUUCCGGGAAUAUCGACAGCUUCAAGGAUUGCACCAUCAUCGAGGGAUCCAUCACAAUUCUAGACCAAAGUUUUCAAGGAUUCCAACACGUGUAUAGGAAUUUCAGUUUCGGCAAACGAUACGAGAAAAUGCAUCCGGACAAGUUGGAGGUGUUCAGUACCUUGAAGGAGAUCACCGGGUUUUUAAAUAUUCAAGGUGAUCACAAGGAUUUCAAGAAUUUAUCGUAUUUUCGGAAUUUGGAGGUGAUAGGCGGAAGAACUUUGACCGAGUACUUUGCGUCGUUGUACGUUGUGAAAACGUCGUUGGUCUCGUUCGGGCUUAGCUCACUCAAGAAAAUUUAUUCCGGCUCGAUAGCCAUUCUGGAGAACAAGAAUCUAUGCUACGCGCAAAGUAUCAAUUGGACCAGGAUCAAGAAGUCGUCGGAACACGAGAGUUUGUUGUCCAAUAAUCGGAACGAAAACGAAUGUAUAAAAGAUGGGCUGGUGUGCGACGAGCAAUGUUCCGACGAAGGUUGUUGGGGGCCCGGCCCGGCACAGUGUUUAUCCUGCAAGAACUUUAUUUUAGGAAACGAUUGCCUUCAAGAUUGUACCGCGCCAGGAAUCUACCAGGCGGAUGAGAAGACCUGCAAAGUGUGCCACGAGGAGUGCGAUGGUUCUUGCAUAGGGCCGAACACGGAUCACUGUAAGAAAUGCAAACACGCGCGAGACGGUCCAUUUUGCGUGCCAGAGUGCCCGGCCUCGAAAUAUAAUGACAACGGUGUGUGCAAAAGCUGUCACGGGAACUGCGUGGGUGGUUGCGAGGGACCUGAAAACAACAUAGGCCCUAAUGGAUGCCACAGUUGCGAUAAGGCGAUCCUCAACGACCAUGUACCUGAAGGAUGUCUGCAAAAAAAGGAGUCCUGUCCUGACGGAUAUUAUUACGAAUGGGUGAGUCCUCUAGAGCAGGGGCCAUUGAAGCCAUUAGCAGGCAAGGCUGUUUGUCGCAAAUGUCACUCUCGUUGUAAGAAGUGCACGGGAUACGGUUUCCACGAACAUGUCUGCCAAGAAUGUACAAAAUACAAGAGGGGUGAACAGUGUGAAGACGAAUGUCCCGCGGAUUAUUUUGCAGACGCCAAUAAACUUUGUAUACCGUGCUUCAGCGAGUGUCGAGGGUGUUUUGGACCAGGCCCUAAUCAAUGUUAUAAAUGUCGAAAUUAUAAGAUCUAUAUUAAUGAAGAUACAGAUGGGAAUACUACAUCUUUCAACUGCACCGAAACGUGUACUCCCGAAUAUCCUCAUAAAAUCUUCAAUCCAGACAGCGAACCAUAUUGUUCGCUUGAAACCGCUGGUUUGAUAGAAAACGAACUUCAACCGGCCAUCUUGGCAGGUGUCGCAGUAUUUGCUUUAGCGUUUCUAGUGGUGGCGGCCAUCAUCAUGUAUUUCUGGCGUGUACGAGCAAAAGCCAAAGAAAACACCGUGAAAAUGACAAUGGCAUUAACUGGUUUGGACGACAACGAGCCUCUUCGCCCAACUGGCGUGAAGCCAAAUUUAGCCAAAUUACGUAUAAUAAAGGAAGAAGAAAUGAGAAAGGGUGGGAUUUUAGGAUACGGUGCUUUUGGAAAUGUUUACAAAGGUGUUUGGGUACCGGAAGGAGAGAACGUGAAGAUUCCAGUGGCUAUAAAAGUUUUGCACGAUGGUACGGGAGCGAACACUUCGAAAGAAUUCUUAGACGAGGCGUACAUCAUGGCCAGCGUGGAACAUCCGAACUUACUUCAAUUACUGGCCGUUUGCAUGACGUCACAAAUGAUGUUGGUGACCCAAUUGAUGCCUUUAGGCUGCCUCCUCGACUUCGUGCGCAGAUUCAAAGAUAAAAUUGGCUCGAAAGCGUUGCUAAAUUGGUGUACACAGAUUGCCAGAGGGAUGGCCUAUUUGGAAGAGAGAAGAUUGGUUCACAGAGAUCUUGCAGCUCGAAACGUUCUUGUGCAAACGCCUAAUUGCGUUAAGAUCACCGACUUUGGAUUGGCCAAAUUGUUGGACAUCAACGAGGAACAAUACAAGGCUGCCGGUGGCAAGAUGCCAAUCAAAUGGCUGGCAUUGGAGUGUAUUCAACACCGGGUGUUCACCCACAAGUCGGAUGUUUGGGCUUUUGGCGUGACUAUCUGGGAAGUUCUUACUUAUGGUGGUAGACCGUACGAAAACGUGCCUGCUCGAAACGUGCCAGAAUUAUUGGAGAAAGGCGAAAGAUUACCCCAACCGGCGAUUUGUACAAUUGACGUGUAUAUGAUCAUGAUCAAAUGUUGGAUGUUGGACGCCGAAUCGAGGCCUAGUUUUAAAGAAUUGGCGGAAGACUUUGCGAAGAUGUCUAGAGAUCCUGGCCGAUAUCUUGCUAUCAAAGGCGAUAAAUAUAUGAGACUACCUUCGUAUACACUGCAGGACGAAAAGGAGAUGAUACGAAAUCUUGCAUCAGCUAUGGACGGCCCCGAGGCUUUAGUAGACGCUGACGAGUAUCUGCAGCCAAAAUCCAGGGCUCCGAUUCCACCAGGACUUUCUGCAUCCAGUACUUCCGGCUCUCCGCCAAACACGCCUGUGAAACCUUGCUGGCCAAAUGGAAAACCAUUAGCCGCCGACUCUCCCACGCCCCAGAAUCAACAAAAUUGGGACAGGGAGUUGUUGAGGUAUGGCGCGAAUCACAGGAACGGAAAUGUAUCAUCGCACGAACCAGGAAAUUCCGCACAACACGGGCAUUACACGCCUCCGAACGGCCAUUGUGGACAUGUCGUGGGAUCGGAUAGUACAGCUUCGAGAUAUUGUUCGGAUCCGUUGAAAAUGAUCGAUGUCAGAGAUUGCGAUGUGACAGAUGAUUGUUUCGACGGUGAAGUGAAUUCUGCUCAUCAGCAAGCUCAAGUAGGUAAUCUAAAGCUCGAUUUGCCAUUGGACGAAGACGAUUAUUUGAUGCCAUCGCCGCAAUUGCCAACGAAUACAACGCAAUACAUGGAUCUCAUAGGGGACUCGAAACCUACGGAAAUGGAACCAAAGCGAGUAAACAACGGUUACCGAAAGUAUCCUGAAUUCCUCACCAUUCAAGGAAAAACAUCGUUGGAUAAUCCAGAGUACAUAAUGUCUCAGGACGAAGGACCACUAACUCCGCAAACGAUAGGCAUUCCGACACCUGAUCUGGAAAAGGUUUUAACCAAUGGAACUUUUGGAUCUCAAGUGAGACAAAGGAGUUCCGAAGAAGAAUCCGAUCAUGAGUAUUACAACGAUUUCGAUCGCUUGGAACGUGAACUACAACCGUUGAAACCCCUUAGGAAGAACGAAACGACCGUUUGAUUUCAAGUGAAACGACGUUAGACAUGAACUGUAACGUUAUAGUAUCAGGCUUGAAUUCGAAAGCCAGGAUACUGUUCAAUCGUCUGUUGAUCGAGUGUCUCGAUUUCGAACGUAACAGAUGAAUACAUGAAAUGGCGUAAAUACGAAUGUAUCCGGCUCCUCAUUCUUGAGGAAACUUCUUCACAGUGUACUUACAAAGGACACUUUGUACUCUAAAGUGCCGUGUUUGAUUGUGAUUAGAUGUAAAACGUAUGAAACUGUGCUAACUUCAUUUUUCAACGAGCUGACUAGCGAAUAAAAGAUGCGUGUAACGCGCGUCUAUGAACUAUUAAAAAGCGUGCGUGCGAUGAACAAGUAGUGCAAAGAUAAUCUUAAUGUGCCAUUUACCGUGGCUUGUAAAUAAAGAAAAGAAAAAGUACUAUCUACCACUUGUAUAAGACUAUUAAAAGUUUAGGGAAACGAUGUGCAAGUAAAUGGCAUAAAUAAUUGUUUCUUUCCUAUCUCUGUCUUCGAUUUUCAAUUAACUUUGAUGGACCACAUUCGCGCGAUUUCGCUUUAUUUAAUCUUUUUAUAUCUGUUGAAGUUUUUUUUUUUUUAUUUUAAUAAUAUUAACGUGUUGAAAUAUAGAAAAUUGUUUCAAACGCGCGGACGUGAAUAUUUGUCUGUCGAAAGAAUAAAAUUAUUGCAUACAAGUAUCCUGUAUUCUUCUCUUUCGUUCUUUUGUUUGAAUUGUAUAUUUCACGUGAUUGAUUAUGCAUGAGCUGUCAAAAAUUGCACACGGGGCUCUUCAGAAAUUAAAUUAAAGAUCUGAUGAAAAUUAAAGCCUCUUCGUGGUGCGGAAUAUCAGUUCGCUCCUUGACUGUGAUAAGAAACGUUUUACUAUUACUCAAAGAACUACUUUACUCGGAGGACAAAAGAAACAUUUCGAUCGUUUAUCCUCUCCUGCUUUCUCUUUUCUUCUUUUUCUAUAUAUAUAUAUAUAUAUAUAUAUAUAUUGCAGUAAGCUACGACAGUACGAGUAACGAAUUGUCCUAAUUUACUGCCUAAAUAGUAACGAGUUUCUUGAGUCGCAACACGAAGAUCAAUCGGAAUCCAGGGAUUCAUAGAAGUAUUCAAAAGGACAAUGAAAGAAAUGGACGCUUGUUUCCCGAGAUUCUUGUCUUGCGGCUCUACUUAAUAAAAUGUUUUAACGAUGCUCUAUAUUUUUUUAUGCCAUCGCCUUUUAUACAUGGGACCAAUGAAAUUGGCCUCGGCCGUGAGCGCACGAAAUUAUCUCGAUUUUUAUUCGUAGAAACGCGUCUGUACAUAGAUUAGUGAUUAGUGCGUAAGAUAUUCUACAUUACGUAGAAAACGGAAAGUACUUGAGUAAAAUAAGUAAGCUGUAUGUCUUCUUUUUCAUUUCGAAAAUGGGAUGUACGAAAGAGAAAAUAAACGAAAUAAACUAAGCGCAGCGCCGAUAUGCGAAUUAUAUACGGGGUUAUGCUGUGCCGCGUAAUCAUAGGAUUAGGAUGUGCCAUGUUGUGUACAGGGAACGCGCGAAAGAAAAAAAAAAAAAAGAAAGAAAAAAUAAUAAAAAAUGGCGCACACAUUUUGUUUUUAGAGAAAUCGUAUUAUAUGAUCGUGUUCAAAUUUGAAAUUUAAGAAAAAAAAACCUACGAAAAAUGAAUACAUCGAGGCAUUUGUAUUCGAUUAGUUAAAAUAACAUGUUUAAGCGUGCACGAGAUUUACGAUCUCAUUCAUGAUGGUAUAGCGAAGAUCAAAUUUUUAACAAUGCUCGAGAUUCUGUGAUAAAACUGGGAUCAAUUUAAAAAAAAAAAUUAUUUAAUUAUAUAUUUUACGAUAUAUUUUUGAUAAUAAUAAAAUUGCACGAAUUUUUAAUCUCGUCGCACGCGGAAUGCAUGCUCUUACGUAAAGAAUGAUAGAAUAAAAAAGAAUGUACAUUGCGUUAAGCAUUAUUAAUGAUUACGUUGACUUUUUUUUCCUGUAAUAUAUUAUAUUUGUAUCAAUAAUUGUGUUGCCGAACGGAUCAACGUGUAUCGCGAGAAAAAGAAAAAAAAAAGAAUGAGAAAACGUGUCUUUCUCCCAUAUGCCUCUCCCGACAUUAUUCCUGUCCUUACGAUUCUGUGUAAAAUCAGCAGUGAUAACUGCAAGCGUAAAUUUGAAAUUGUACAAUACCGUUCGAUAGCCGGGAUAAAAUAGUUGCAAGGAAUUGCAUUUGCCAUUCGGUUGUGGACAUAGAACUUAUAAAACUUUAUAAUAUCAUUAUAUAUCGUAAAGAAGUUAUUGUAAUAAAGAACCAUCAUCAUUCUUACGAGA